AACCGCGCCUUUUCUGUUGAAGCUCUUCGUCUCUGACAUAGAGGUUAUUUGGUAGUUGAAGUUUCAAGUUCUGGUUGACAGGAUGGUUUCAUUUGAAGGAAGUGAUGUUAAGAUCAUAAUGGGAGCUUUCGGAAAUCACUUAGAAGGUCAAGAUCACAGGAGGAGGGAAGAAUUAGGAAGAAAAUCUUCUUUAGAUGAAGAUGAUUCCAAAGGAAAGCCAAAACGGGGAAUAAGAUGCCUUAAAGAGAUUGGGCUUGGAUUGACUGCACUUGGUGUAUUUUUUACUCUGCUUGGAGUGUUUCUCUUCUUUGAGAGGAGCUUCGUUGUCAUUGGGAAUAUCCUCCUUCUGUCUGGGGUGACCUUAACCAUUGGAGUGAUGUCUACCUGGCAAAUUUUCAUGAAACGACAAAAUUUUAAGGGUUCUGCCUCCUUUGCUGUUGGUUUCGUGCUUAUUAUGCUGGGAUGGCCUGUGCUAGGCAUGAUUUGGGAGACCUGCGGUCUUUUUGUGCUGUUCAGUGGCUUUUGGCCCACUGUUGCUGUUUUCCUGAGGAAGUUACCUAUCGUUGGUGGAAUCUUUCGCCAAUCAUCUGUGUCAUCGUUCUUUCCGCGUAACAGGGUUAACAUGGGUAAACGGAUGCCGAUUUGAGGACCGUAGCCUAAGAGUAAAUGAAUUCUGAAAGAAGAAAACUUUGCAAUGGGAAGCACCUGAAUGGGUUCUAAAGAAAAGAUAAUGGUACUUUGCUGCUAAACUUUGAAACUUAAGCAUGUGGAUAAAGAGCAGUAAUUGUCAAACUGGCUAUGUGAUAUUGUAUGUUAGUACUUGUAUCUGUCAAUGAUAUUAGGAGGCAAACAAAACGGAGCGAUACAAGACUCUGAUACACAGAGGUCAUGGAUAAUGCAUGCAACUGUUUCCACUAUUGUCCCAUUUGGUUGAUAUGUUCCCUUUAUUUCUCUUAUUUACCUUUGAUAUAG